AUGUCAUAUGUAAGAACUGGGCAUGGGACGCACAGCAAAGUGGACCGUCGAACCACCACAGCCCGGCCCGUGCCCUAUGAAGGAUUUCUUCAGUGUCUGUCAUCCUCGUGUGCCUGUCCCGUGUCCCUCCUUUGUCUCGCAUGGAAUGUUUCACGCCACCUUUUUCUCUCUUUUGUUUCUGGAGAGAGUAGGUGA